AAACCGCUCACACGCGCCUCGGCGCUGCCACCUCGGAGCGCGCGCGAGCCUCCUCCCAGGAUCCUCCGCCACUCCCCCAGGAGUCUCCGCGCCAGGGCCCGGACUCCGAUUCCCAUAAGGCUCUGCGGCCGUCGUCCCUUCGCUUCCUGGUUCUCGGAGGUCCCGCUGUGCACUCUGGGAAACAAACAGACUGAAUCGAAGUCAGGGGGCAGCUGAGUUUUGUGGUCCAGCUUUUACCCUGAAGGACAACCUGAACGGCACCUCUCGCCUUUUCUAGAAAACUGGGAGGCUUGUCCAUAGCUGAAAGAGACAACUGGAGAUUGUCAUGGGAACGCUUUGAGGCGGACGUUGAGUUCCUGGGAAGGUGACCGGACAAAAGGGGCGGAGUUGAGGCCGGAGGAGCGAAAUAAUGGCCUCUGCCCGAUUGGCGGAGAAGCGCUUCAAAGUUUACCGCUUCUUACGAUUGGCUCCACUCUAGCACAUGCGCAAUAGAACCUAGACGCGUCCCAAUGAGGAUGGAUGAUGAUGGAAUAAUCCCUCCCCCGGCUACGAGUCCGAAGGCUGGCGUGUCGCGAAGGCGUCUGGGAGAUGGAGUUCCAAAGUAGGGCACAGCCCGGGGGCAGUCGGGAGGUGCUGCGGCGUCUGCGCGGGCGCAGUCUUGCCUCAGGGCCGACGAUGCGCGCGCAGCCGUCCCCGCCCCAGCGGAAGUUUCCGCGGGGCAGCCGAGAAGGUCACUGUUAAGAUGCAGUUGCAAGCACAGUGAAUCCAAGGGCCAGCUGGGACCCCGUAAAGCAUGAUUACCUUCUGUCCAAACUGUGGCAAAAAUAUCAAAGCAGCAUUCAGAUUCUGCCCUUACUGUGGGAAACCUUUGCCUACAGAGGAGCACGAGGGGGCGCAGACCUCCGUCACGCCCCGUGUGGCGUCCUUCCGAGGCUCUCGGAGAGCACUGAAGGCCGGUUCUGAGGCCUCGUCCAAGAAUGUGAAGUUGUCUAGCACUGUCUGCUCUCCCCCGCCCGUGCCCUUCCCAGAAUGUGACCAUUCUACACCCAAAGAGACUUUGAAUGAGACCCCCAAAGGGUCCUGGAGCCGGUCCCCGACCCUCAAAAGUAGCCCACAGACAAGCAAGCAAAGCCCGCAGACACUGAAGCGGAGCCGGGUGACCGCCUCCCUGGAGGCUUUGCCCACGGGCACGGUGCUGACAGACAAGAGCGGGCAGCACUGGAAGCUGGGGUUUCUGCAGAGCAGGGACGACCAGGGCGUCCUCUAUGAAGCCGAGCCUGCCUCCGCCUGCCGCUCGAGUCCCAAGACCCAGAGGUUCUCCCUCAAGCUGGAUGCCAAGGACGGACGCUUGUUCAACGAGCAGAACUUCUUCCAGCGGGCCGCCAAGCCCUUGCAAGUGAACAAGUGGAAGAAGCUGUACUCGACGCCCCUGCUGGCCAUCCCCACCUGUGUCGGCUUCGGCGUUCACCAGGACAAGUACAGGUUCUUGGUGUUCCCCAGUCUGGGGAGGAGCCUCCAGUCGGCCCUGGAUGACAGUCCCAAACGCGUGCUGUCGGCGAGGUCUGCGUUCCAGGUGGCGUUCCGGCUGCUCGACGCCUUGGAGUUCCUCCAUGAGAACGAGUACGUUCAUGGGAACGUGACGACUGAGAAUAUCUUUGUGAACCCGGAGGACCUGUGCCAGGUGAUCCUGGCGGGCUAUGGCUUCACCUUCCGCUAUUCUCCAGGCGGCAAACAUGUGGCUUAUGCUGAAGGCAGCAGGACCCCACACGAAGGGGACCUCGAGUUCAUUAGCAUGGACCUGCACAAGGGAUGUGCACCCUCCCGCCGCAGUGACCUCCAGACCUUGGGCUACUGUAUGCUGAAGUGGCUCUAUGGGUUCCUGCCAUGGACCAAAUGCCUCCCCAACACCGAGGAGAUCAUGAAGCUGAAACAGAAGUUUCUCGACAACCCGGAGGCGCUCGUGGGACAGUGCAGCCGCUGGAUCAGCCCCUCAGAGACCCUGCAGGAGUACCUGAAGGUGGUGAUGGCCCUCAAGUACGAGGAGAAGCCGCCCUACACCCUCCUGAGGAACAGCCUGGAAGCCCUGCUGCAGGAUCUCCGGGUCUCGCCCUAUGACCCGGUGGACCUCCAGAUGGUGCCCUAG